CCGUGGUGCGUGCCGUGGCGCUUUUAGUUCACGCUGGCGACCGUGACGAAGAGGACACGGUGCUAAAACUGACGACUCUGCGCGAAACCUUCAUCCUGAAAAAUUCACCAAACUACUUUUGACUUAAAAACACUUAAAACUGUGCAUCAGCUUCAAGAAGUUCUUCAAGGGCACAUUUUCAAGGACAUUAUAAAAAUAUUUAUUAAUUUUGAGGUUAAAUCCAAGCAGGGAUGCCACACACAGGUCAAGCGGGAGUUAAUCAACUCGGUGGUGUAUUUGUCAACGGCCGCCCACUGCCCGACUGCGUGCGGCGACGGAUUGUUGAACUUGCGCUACUGGGCGUGCGCCCUUGUGACAUCUCACGACAACUUUUAGUCUCACACGGGUGCGUUUCGAAGAUUUUGACUAGAUUUUACGAGACUGGAUCAAUACGACCUGGGUCCAUCGGUGGAUCAAAAACUAAAACCAAUUCCGUAUUGCAGCAAGUAGCAACACCGACAGUGGUGAAAAAGAUCCUCCGCUUCAAACAAGAGAAUCCCGGAAUGUUCGCCUGGGAAAUUCGUGAACAAUUGGUCUCUCAACGUGUCUGCGAACCGCACAACAUUCCCUCAGUCAGCUCAGUCAACAGAAUUCUACGCAACAGCGGCGCAUGGCCAGAUCCACCCGAAAUUCUACAUUCAAAUCGCCAUCAAUCACAAGAAGCUGUUUUACGAACAUCAGACGUCUACAACCCAUCUUCGAAACCUCAUCAUAAUCAAAUGCAAGCAGCGUAUUUCUUAGACGCGUCUCAGGCGUAUCACAAUAAUCGCUUAGCAUCUCUGCAUCAUCAACUGCACAUAGCAACCACCGCCGCCGGGAGUGUACACGCUCCGCCCCCGCCUUCUUCCUUCUCCGAUGUAAUGUCUUCUUCAAUGGGGAGUAUCCCAGCAACGUGGUCAAAUCUAAUCAUCCCUUAUCACCACAAUGCGUCUCACAGUAAUAAUCAUCCUGAAAGUCAUAAUUCUGCACCGCGUGAAAGUGAUGUUGAUGUAAUUGUUGAUGACGCUGACUCAAAUAAUAAACAUGAUGAGGAUGAUGAUCAUGAAAUUACAAUAACAGAUGAUGAAAAAUUAUCGCCUGAAAUCUGUGGGAAUCAUGCAGGGAAAAAGCGAAAUCCUUAUUCGAUUGAAGAAUUAUUAAAGAAAACACCUGUAAAGAAGCCUAAGGUUGUGUAUAGUCCCAUUGCACAAGUUAUUGAACAACCAAUUGGUACAUUAAUCAAUCAUCAAAGUAUUAGUGUUGAUGCAGCGGAAAAAGUCGAAAAACAAAAAGCAGAAAGUAAAAAGAUUAAAAAUGAACAUUAAUAGGAAUUAAUUCGCUGAAAAACGCCAUUUUUAAUUUAUUACUUUAUUUUUUACACGCGGGAUAAUAUACAAAUGAGUAUGGAAAUUAAUAUACAAAACUUAUUCAUAAAAAAAGUGUGGUAAAGCAUGCGUUUCAACACGAAAAGCUUAAACUCACUAACAAAGCGUUUUACCUUUGACAGUUUUGCCUCAUUAGUUUCAUUAGACUUUUCCACGACUUUUUCCAUCGGUGAAUAAGAAACGGAAUAAAGUUUUUCAUUAAAUUGCCCUUGCAAGCAGUGGCGAGUUGGCAAGCUAACGAAAUGAAAAGUAAUCGCUUCUUUUUCUUUUUUUCUUUGCGCAUAUUAAUUGCUUUAAAUUAGUUAUGCAAAUUUAUGACUUCAUAGAGCCGGAAUUUAAGCACUUUUUUGCUUUUCGUGUAGCUGCGAUUCUUAUUUCUUUAUUUAUAUUAUUGUAUAUAUAAAUUUAUCAUAAAUUUAAAACUUAACCUAAAAAAUUAAGGAAAAUAACCAAAAAUUUGGCUAAAUUAUUUUGAAUUUUAAAAGAAUCAAGUGUUGCAUAUCUAUAACUGUAUUAUAUUAGUGAUAAUAAUUAUGUACAUAUAUUUAUUUACGUUUUUUGUUUUUCUGUUGUUCUUCUUCUUCUUCUUCUUCUUUUGUAGGCAUAUUGCCUGUUCCUACUUCAGACAGGGUUUAGGUGGUCGCUCCAUCUCUUUCGGGGUCUUCCCUUUUUCUGUUGUUGAAACAACUUAAUAACUUAUGACGAAAAAUAAUAAUAAGCUGAUAUGAGCAAGGCCUGCAUCAUUUUAGCUAAUAAAAUUGUUUUUCGGUUUUAUUUGCAUUAAAACUACAUGAAUAUUAAAAAAAUUAAAAAAAUUAUUUGUGAAAAAUAUAAAAUCGCUAUAGCUGCAUGUAAAUAAAGUGUAAACUUGUCGUUAAGUAAUAAUUAUAUAUUGAUAAAUGUUAACAACUAAAGUCAUAAGUCUUAAAAUGUCAGACUUGAACCAUACUUGAAUGUAUUUGAUGAAUGUACAAAAUAUUCUCUAAUUACUAACAAAAUUCUUUUGAACCUGAUGUAUUAGUACGAAUAAUAUUGUAUAAAUUACCAAAUUGUUUUUAUUCCUCGAUGUGUUGCUUUAUUCGCUUCAACAUUUAAUUAUCGUCGGCAUGUAUUUUGUUUUAUUGUGUUUUGAUGAGUCGCAGGUAACGUGUGAUCGAAACUGAUAAGCAUUGUGACACUCAAUGCUCGAAGGGCGUACAGCUAUACCCUGUGCAGGGUGAAACGUGGAGGACGUUCCUAACGAGCCAAACGAGCGAUGCCCCACAGCCGUAAACGCGACACGCACGCAAUUGCCCAUCGUCGUUUGUUUUCUGUAUUCUUUUUUUUGUUGUUUAUUCGUCGAUUGUCAUUUGCUGUCGGGUAUUGCUGGGAGAGCGCAUCGGCAAAUGACGGCGGGCGGCGUUCCGUUCAUGCGAUCGCGAUGCUUAUCUGCGUGGUGGCCGGCGAUAUUUUGCUCUUUUGCGUUUGCGGCGAUGAGGCUAAUCGGACAAAUUGAUCGCGCGACCCCUCUAAUGCGCACGACAAAAGAGGGUAAUUGCUGGUGGUGCCGACGAGAGGGUGUCGCUA